ACCAUAUCUCCUAUCUUCUUUCAAUAACCAAACCAUAAAAAAAAAGAACAGGAACUUUUUGUAAUACUUUGUCGGUACAACUUAAGAAGAGAAAAGUACGAUAAAAUGAGAAGAGUUAGUUGGUCUACUGUUUUGAUCGUGGUGUUGAUGGUGGCGUUGUUUGUGGUAGAACACGUGGUGGUUCCAGCUGCGGCGGGGAGAGUUCUAACAGACAAAUCUGACAACGGAAGUGCGAGGAUGACGGUGGAGCAGAUGAAGUCCACGGUGGAUUUGUGGUUUCAACGUCUGGCAUCUGGUCCGAGUCCAAGAGGCCGAGGCCAUUAAAUUACUUUUCUUUUUUUUUUUGGUUCUAGUUGGAGGAGAUUAAUGAAUCUCGAUAUACCAGAAGUUAAGCUGUAUUCCAUUCAUUUGUUUCUUUAUUUGUUUUUUGUUUAGUUCUUUAGGCAAAAUUUAUAUAUGUAGUGACAGAAACUAAAACCCUCAAUAUACAUGUACAUGUUUUUUACUUUUGCUGGUUGCUACUAGUUUUAAUAAGAUUUUUUAUUCAUCUGGUUUAA